UCCAAGCAUUAUGUAUCAUCGAAAUAAUACAAAGUUCAACUGCCUCGACCGUAGAAAGUCGACUUCUACUAGAAGCGUCCAUCUAGAACAUAUUCGCCCUGAGAUGGCUGAACAUCAUGCUCAGGCCGCAGCUAUGCAGGCAUUUACAAGGGCUAAGGAGCGUUCGUCUGUCGAGGCAACAUUGUGGCCACCACCACGAAACAACGAUUCGACCGACAUUGAUAGCUACGACGGUACUCCUGAAAGGGGCCGUACUGGCUCUGUCAUUAGACGCCAACAAAGUGUUCGCUUCGUGCGGGACAGGGCUCCACGAAGUAUGGAAGGUUGUAUAGCCACCGAUAAUAUGACGCUCGAUUCCAACACGAAUAUCAUGAAAGCAAGAGUUGGCAUGGAUAUUAUCGAGCCUCGACCAAUGGCUAGUGCCUCCGCUGCGGGAAUGGCUUCUGCCGCUAAAGGCACAGCAGGCGACUACAUCAAUGCUCUCUUCACGGGCCAAGAGUAUUACACACCGGAAGAUGACUUCGCAUCAGCCCCUUCAUCAUAUCGCAAGAUUCGAAAAUCUAGGUCAAUGUUUACAUGCUCGGAGGCAAGCGUGACCUCUAGAAACCAGGUCCGGACUCCUACUUCAGCGGCAGUAAGCCAAUUACCUCCUUCAUCAGUGAGCUCGGUGAACAUGGGUGGAGAGGGCAGCAUGCGCUCAGUAAGACUCAAAGCUCCGAAGUCUAUGUCAUUCUUGAGAGGACGUCGUGAUCAACCAAUGUUGUCCUUUAAGCGUCGUGGUAGCGUCCCUAUCUCACCAAUCAUUGACGAGAGUGCUGGAUAUUCUGGCAAUAAGGAUAAGCCUACGAGAUAUCAGCCAUCGUCUUUUCUUCGUUCGAAGUCUGGUAACACGGACAAAUUCCUUAGAAAGAGCAUGAGAGAUAUCAGCAAUGACACCAUACUAAUCAAUGGGAAAAUACCGAAAGACGGCAGUUUGAGAAACCGAGCUCGGAAAGUGUCGAAUAAUUUCAAACAUAAAUUGAAAAGUUUGUUCAGUUUGGUUAAGGGGGAUACUGAUAAGGAGGCGUUCCCUCCUCAGCAAAUUGAGGCGUCGAAAUCACACAUUACGGAUGACGAUUAUAUGAGAAUUAACGAGUUCCAAUUCGACUCCAGGAGCGAUGACGCUGCCAUUUCUCGUGUCCCAUCCGGAGUACCAUCCCUACAUGCAGUUCCUUCAUAUCAGCAACUUCGUUCACGGCAGGGCAGCGUUGAGAGCCUCAGAAGUGAAAGACGAGCCUCUGAUGAACGAUCUAGAGUAACAAGCUGGUCGAAUUCAGACACCAACACCAUCAACACUCUGAGUAGUCGUAAGGGGGAAUGGGAACGGCAGCGCCUAUCUGUCAUAAAAGAGAAUGGCAUGCAUGUCUCUUCAUCGUCGGCAAGAUAUCCCGGUGUUGCCCAUUUCGCGAAUAUAAAUACCAGUCCCCGCUCCUUACCGCCGCCCAUACCAACACAGCCAGCAACGGUUAACAGCCAAAGGAUAUAUUCAGCACUCAUGAAGAGGCUAAAUGAUACGAACAAACAUUCAAAGGAACACGAACUGAAGAAGAAAAAGAGUGUUGAUGAUUUUAUCUCUGCGACAGUCGUACCCCUAAGAGGUAGCUCCCAACACUAUGAAGGUCGAGGACCCAAUUCACCAUCAACUAUCCGCCAUGUCGUUUCCGAUGGUCUAUCUAACACAUCGUCAACGAGAACGAUUAAGAGAAAACCCGUUGCGAGUAGUAGAAAAGUUAAGCCAGAACCAAGUAAAUCUCCCUCUCAUGCCGAAAAAAGUCCAACAAAACCGGGAAUCCCAUCCUCAAAAUCGAUGCCGAUAGGAGAUGAAUCCAGUAAGGCUAUGGAUAUAGAUUCUUGGAAAACUUCUAUACCACGUAUCGAAGAACCUACACCACCGGCAAGAACCCUGUCGACUCGAAGUUCGGCAUUCUUCGCUAGUCCUACGUGUCAUCUUUUCCGCACAAAAAGCCCAUAUAGACGUGCUCUUCAAGAUUCAAUCAGAACGGAGUCCCAAAACACACAACUUAGGUCCCCCGAAUACAACCCUUGGAUGCGUUCCCUAACCGGUCUUCAAAUCCGGUGCCCAAGCACAUGUGAUUCCGAGAUGGACGUGAAAAUGCAGUAUGCCGAAAGUGUGUAUUCUUCUACGGAAGACUUAGGGGGAUCUUCGAUUAAUCCAUCAAGCGCGGUCGACAAAUUCCCUAAUCCUCCAAACAAUAACCAUGGGGAUGCCACGAUAUUCCUUAGUCCCCCCGUCUACCGCCCAACACCACCUUCCAUAACCAAACAUAGGGUUACUUCAUCCACAAGCUCUGUGGAAUGGAAAUCCUGGCUCUCUGCCAACGUCUCCAAACUCGAAGGCACGCCUGACCGCGUCAACGCCGGAGCCCUCCAGUAUACAGUCCCGAGAACGAUUGCGACAACCCGAUCCUUAGGGCAUGUCCGAGAAAAGGCACAAAUCAAUGGCGACGAGGACGAGGACGACGAUCAGCCGCACUCGUCCUUCCACUUUCCCUCGAACAUAGAAGUGUACAAGCCUACGCGUCCAGAACCAGAUACCGCGCUCUCAACCAUUGAACAAAACGCAAUUCCUAUCCUGCACACUACCCCACCGACUCAAACCCAGACCCAGGCCACAAGACCCGCUUUGCAGAAGAAAAAGAGCACAUCUCCAAUCCUACACGAUAGCAACUAUAAAGAAAAUGAGGACCCCUCGCGCUUCACAGUGACGCAGAUUAGGAACUCGCUGUGCGCCACGCCCUCACUAGGCAGCAUGCAAUCGCCUUCAAUCCGGGACGCAAACCCUGCGUCUGAGCCGACCGUAAAGGGGCCAUUUGACUCUAUCCGUCGGAAAAGCCUCGCACACAAGGCGUCCACUAAUACGCUCGCGGGCAAUUCUACACAUAAAUUGGUAAGGCGACAACAGGGCUCUAACGCGAAGAAAUACGUUACGCCGACGCCGAGCCCGGGACCUAAAGCUGCGGCAGACAAGAUGGGUGGGUCAACGGGUUCGAGACGUAGGUUUAUGCUAGCGACGACGAGGGGGGCGGAGAAUGUCAGCCCGAAAGAUGUUGAGGCUAGGAAUUUUAGUGUUGAUGCUGAGGAGACGGAUUUAGGGGUCGGGCCUCAGACUAUGGGGAGUAGGAAGAUGGUAGAUUUGUUCUUGAGUAGCAGGCGUAAGCGCAUGACUAGUGAUGAGGAGGGGAAUGUAUUUAUGUGAGUUUUUCGUUACGGAGUGUUGGUGACGGUUGAACUUGGACUAAGUGCGAUGUUUGAGUUGCUGUGGUUUGUUGUAUGGAGUG